AAACUUUGUUUAUAAAUUCAAUGUGGAGUUUGAAAUUGUGUAUUAAUUAGAUAAACUAUUAUGAAUUUGGACGCAAUUUUGCCCGAUUUGAGUGCCUUAAAACGCGCCUUGGCCAAUUUGGUUUACAAGGAUUUAUCAAAUAAUGAACGUUUGCGACACAUCGAGCCGCAUUUUGACUCAUCUUGCGACGUUUUUUAUUGGAGCGCCCAAAAUGUGGAGCAACAAAAUUCCGUUGCUUAUUUGCCCAUGGAGCACGCUAAAGAUCUGGACUUUGAGUUGAUUAGACGAGUGCAGGAGAAACUAUCGAACUAUAUCGUUAUUGUAGCCAUAGUGGAUAAUACGGGCAAUAUAUUGUAUUACCAGAUCACGGAGGGAUUGAAUGAGAAUGGCAUAUAAAUGAUUGAGAGAUUAAAUGGAGAUGCAGGGAACUGUGGAAUCGAUGAAACUGAUCUUAUGCUGCUCCUCGAUCGUACCUUAAGAGCACAGGCUAAUGCUUUUGGACUAUAUGUUCCACUUCCAUAUAUUGUCGAAGGGCAACAAAAUGUCUUAAGAGAUGACAGCAAAACCUAUGGAAUUUGAUUCUAUCCAUUGUUCCUACUCUUCGUGGGCCGUUUUUAAAGAGAUCCAAAUAGAUGAAGAC